GAGGGGCGGAGCCGUUGACGCCCACGUAUAACGUCAUCACGCACGCACGCACGGCGUCACUGGGGGGGGAAGUGCAGCAAACGGUGGACGGUUCUGCCGGCAGUGACGGCCAGGAGGAAGGCGAGCGAAGGGGAGAAAGAACCGCGCCGGAGAUUGAUUAAAGAAACAAGACACCAUGGGAAAUCUUCUAGCAGCUCUCAAGGGUCUGUUUGGAAAAAGGGAGAUGCGCAUCCUUAUGGUGGGACUGGAUGCUGCGGGGAAAACCACAAUACUGUAUAAAUUUAAACUUGGAGAAGUGGUGACAACUAUCCCUACCAUUGGUUUCAACGUGGAGACAGUUGAAUACAAGAAUGUGAGCUUCACUGUCUGGGAUGUGGGAGGUCAGGAUAAAAUUAGACCCCUCUGGCGUCAUUAUUUCCAGAAUACGCAAGGCUUAAUAUUCGUGGUUGACAGCAAUGACAGAGAGCGCAUCAACGAGGCAAGGGAGGAAUUGAAUCGAAUGCUUAAUGAAGAGGAGCUGAGAGAUGCAGUGCUAUUGGUCUUGGCAAAUAAGCAGGAUUUACCCAAUGCCAUGAAUGCUGCAGAAAUCACAGAUAAAUUGGGAUUACACCAGAUAUGCCAAAGAACAUGGUACAUUCAGGCAACAUGUGCUACCAGCGGUGAUGGCAUUUAUGAGGGUCUUGAGUGGCUAACCAAUCAAUUCGGACAACACAAGUGAUCCAUUCCACUUCUCCAAGUCUCUGCAUGACCAGCCGCGUGUGUGUGAUUGUGUGAGAGAGUUUGAGUGGGAGCAGUUUCCUCACCACGUGCCUUUUUAUAAUACAGAUGGGUUUGGGACACUACUUGUAAGAACGGGUAGUGUGGGCAUUGAUGAAAGUAUUUUAUUAAUAAAUGAAUGGCUCUAUUUUUGAAAUAGUUGCCAAAUAACACUUGCAGACCUAAAAUAAAUUUACAAUUUGUAAUUGCUAGCUAACCAAAAAUUAGGAAUACGAAUACUAUUUAUGCCCCCUUUUCUAAAUUAGAGGGGGAGGGGGGGGGGGGGGUAGAGAAUGUGCCUGAUCACUAGCAGAUCUUGUCAAUAUUGAACGGUCUUGCAGACCUUGGUUUGCAAUUUAGCCCAAGUCUGAGUGAUGCAGUUUGAGUUUAAAUUGUGCAUGUAUACACCAAUCAAUUUGGCAAUUUAGCAAAUACAUCUUGGAAGGAAAUUUCCUUGAGUUCUGGCUAGUGUUUUAUGGCUCUGCAAAUGAUCCAUCAAAAUUGACCAUGUUGACCAAAAUUGACUUCUACUAGUGCAAUUUUAUGGAUUUUUAGUACCUUGUAUCUGGUAAUUUAACGUUUAGAAGUCACAGAGGUAGCUGCUCCCAUUCCUUGUUUUGUAAAGAUAUUGAAUGACACUUGUAUGUAUUUGAUAUGAGGCGGGCAAAGGAUGAAAUGCAUAUAAUAAAUAUAAGCCUUUUUGUUUGGAUAUGCCAAGACAAGCCCCAGCAACACCAACACUCCCUCAAAAUAAUACUCAUCGCCAGCGUCGUGACACUACAGACACAAGUGGAAUUUGAAAUUAUGCACCUAUUUUCCAGAAAGCUUCCCCACGUAUGAACAUUUUCCAAAAAGUAAAUUGAAAACGUUUCGGUAUAUUUCAGAUAAUUUAGAGGUUUAGUGAAAUAUUUAUCCUGUACAGAUCAGUAGCAUGCACUUCAAAUUGACUUGUUCAUUGUAAUGUUAAUGACCAGUUGAAUACUGAUCUAAAUUCAGAGACAACAAUAUACUUUAUGCUUAUAGGCAUGUUUUUUAAACUGUAAACUGCAAUCUUGUAAAUUAUAACAAUAUGAAAGGAAAUGAGUCUGGAGAAUUAUUGGUUUCAAUCUACAAUUAAAUAUGUAAUUUAAUUUUGCUUGGACAUUAUGCUCAAACCUAAUAGUGGAAAUAUGAAGCUUAGUUGUGGAAUAAGGUUUCUGUCGCAAAAUAUCAAGAGGUGGGGAAACGUAAUUUCGAAAUUGAUCUGAAGAAAAAUCAGCUUAUUUUUAACCAUAUCUGUAAACUUGUCUUGGGAUGCAUUAUAUGUUAAAGAUAUCUUUAUGAGAAUAAUUGUUUGCAUUACAUACCAGUAUGUUUGGAUGCCAGUGUGUGACCAAAUUGCAGACAUUCGUGGAUGUGUUUGAGAAAGGUGUGGAGAAGGGAACUUGUUGCAAAUAUUUCUGCUGCCAAUAAAGGCUUGUUCCCCUUCCUAA